CUUGUUAUCAUUAGCCUCAGUUAUUUGUCGUUGUUUUUGUUUUUGUUCAUUGGAAAAUGACACAGGAAGUGCAGGAAAGGCAGGACUCAAAGCCAGUAUAUGGCUCUUCUGGGAGAAAAAUCAUAUAUGAUGAGAAUGGCAAACCAUGUCGUACUUGCAACACUCUAUUGGACUUUCAAAUGGCAACUCAUGGAACUAAAGUGAAUAUUCCAACUCCAAAGCCCUCUCUGGCUAUACCUAAUGAUUCACCAAAAGAGGCUAGUAAAAGUGCAGAUUCACCAUACCCAUAUCAGAAGGAAUAUCCCCCAGAUGUGACAAAAUUGGGAAAUCAUUCAUGGACUUUGUUGCAUACCAUUGCUGCAGCAUAUCCUGAAAAACCUUCAAUUGAACAACAAAAUGAGAUGAAAACUUUUUUGAAUAUAUUUGCUAAAAUCUAUCCAUGUUGGUAUUGUGGUAAAGAUUUCCAGUCUUUUAUUAAAAAGAAUGAACCAAAAGUAAUGACUCAAGAUGAUUUUGGUAAAUGGUUAUGUAAUGCCCAUAAUAGUGUGAAUAUUAAAUUAGGUAAACCAAAAUUUAAAUGUGAAUUGUGGAAAAAGAGAUGGAAAGAUGGAUGGGAUGAAUAAUGAAUUAAUUAUACUCAACUAAAUUGAUACCAUUUCGAUUCAUUUUUUAUAUAUUAUAGAUGUUUUUAGUGUAAAUAUUAGAUCAGCCAUUUUCUGAAACCUUUAAAAUAAAUGAU